CUUUUGUCAGACAGCUGGUACCCUGGUGACGUUUUUGGAAAGAAAACGAGUGCGGAGAGAUCUGUCGGCGAGACCGAGGAAAUCCUUAACGCUUCAGAGCCCUUCAGAACUUAGAACAAAUCGAAUUUUCAGUAUUAUCGAUGACUGAAUAAAAAGGUGGUGAGAAGAAACGACAAUCACGUAACUUUCAAUUAUUUCUCCUGACAGUUUUCAUGGAACUUUGGAGAAUUUAUUUCCUUGUAUGUAGGAUGAUCGAUUUGCGAUGGUCAGGUCGAAAGGAAAUGCUAAAAAAGACGAGCCGCCGACGUACAAAGGGUACAUGGAGCUGAGGUCAAUGUCGAAGCGUCCGCCGCCACCUUACUCACAAGUGAACAGUUUGAAGCAUGUGAAAUUACACAAUUCCGGAGACCAAAACGACUCCAAUAAAACAAAAGAAAAAGAGGAUGUUUCAUCCACAAUAGAGAUUAGAAGUGGUUGUACCAAGUACCCAAAAUGCAGACAUCUCAGCUAUUGCAUCACUGGAUUGUCAAUGGUCCUAGUCUGUGCUCUUCUAAUCGCUUUGUUCUUCCCUUAUCCGCUGCAUGCAUCGUGCAUUGUUAUAUGGAAAUUUAGAGACCCUUGUACUCACACUAUGCAAAAGUUCAGGUGGCAAAUCCUCAACUGGUCGACCAGUGUCAACUGUGGCUUACAUGAUGCCAGGUGCCUUUAUACACUUAAUGAACCAAAAGCGAAUGAAACUAAUGUGAUCAGAGCUGUUCAUCUCGGAUCGAACAUGAAAACUAUGGAGACCAUCAAGAUCACUUUUGAAACAGUGAACGAUACCUGCGUGGUAACGGGUGAAUCUGUGUCGAACGAAUGGUUCAGGAUAUUUGAUCAUGGUAAAAAUUACUGUAAUUUGCGGAAUCUGGUAACCGGAAUCGGUUUCGACAGAAGCCCGAGGUUCCUUGAACUGACUACCAACGCAAUUUGCACGCAAUACAACAUGGCGAUCUGUCAAUAG